CUCUUCCUCUUUCCGAACAGCUGAUUCUAAUCGGCAGAAUUUAAGCCAAAACAUCGCGAUUUGUACGAUACUUAACUUUAAAUUAAAAUUAAUUAAGCGUUAUGUUGUCCACCAAAGUACAGUAUCUGCGAUAUGCAAGGACAGCUAAUUUGGUGAAACUCUGCAACAAGUUCAGUUACGAAGCCACGGGCACAUCUUUCAACACUUCAAAUGUACGAGAAUAUCAUGCUGCGGAUCGUGCAAACACAACAACACACCCGCUGCUGUUGCCGUCAUCGCUAAAUACACUUAGUUUGUCAGCAGGCGGAGUACGGUUUGCUAGCGCUGAUGCUGCAGUAACUGGUGCAACUAAUACCGUCGCAGAUACUGCUAAUGCUAGCAAAACUGUAGUAGAUCUUUCAGCAAUUCCUGAAGCACCCGCCGCACCAGUCGAAGAUGUUGCCACACAACUACUCAAUGCUGCUGGAGAACCCACUUUUGCAUCAAUAGGGCUUGGUGGCUGGACGCCUGUAGGUCUCGUUCAAAACUGCAUGGAGUUUUUACAUAUUGGUUGUGAUUUACCAUGGUGGGCAACAAUUGCAAUUGGCACAGCAGUAGUGCGCACUAUUAUUUUCCCGCUGGUGAUAAUGGCACAAAGAAAUGCAGCAAAAAUGAACAAUUACAUGCCGCAACUGCAAGUAUUACAAAUGAAAAUGACCGAAGCUCGCCAAAGUGGUAAUGCCAUCGAGUCGGCGCGUUAUGCCCAGGAAAUGAUGCUUUUUAUGAAGGAGAAACAAGUGAAUCCUUUGAAGAAUAUGAUUGUACCACUUGCACAAGCUCCACUUUUCAUUUCGUUUUUCAUGGGUCUUCGCCAAAUGGCCAAUACACCUGUAGAAUCGAUGCGUGAAGGUGGUCUAUUUUGGUUUACCGAUUUAACCAUUGCCGAUCCCACAUUCAUGUUGCCAUUAAUUACCAGCGCGACGCUCUAUUUAACGAUAGAAAUUGGCACGGACAGUGCACGUUUGUCCGCACAGAAUAUGUCAAUGAUGAAAUAUGUUUUGCGUGCGCUACCAAUUGCUAUUUUCCCCUUUACAAUGAACUUCCCCGCAGCUAUUCUGACUUAUUGGGCUUGCAGUAAUUUCAUUUCCUUGGGUCAGGUAGAUAAAGUUUAU